AACAUUACGGUAAGUGAACACAUUUUUUAAUUACCCCGCCUUUCCGUCUUUACGGUAACUACCCGGAAGUUGCCAUUCCGUCAUGGCGCUGUCCUGUUUGAGGCUUGCUAAUCAUAUGUCUUUGACUCGACUCUGGAGUGUUAGAUCUAACAGCAAAAUUAAUGCCCUGUGCAUCCCAUGCGUGUGUCAUCAGUCCAGAUACUACUCGACGUCGGAAGUGAGACGAGGCGCUGUUCGUUUUGCCACUUCCAAGCUCGAAUGGGCAAAAAACAAAUAUGAGGGUUUUCUGAAAAGACGAUUCCCCCGCUUCUAUGUGCUCCACCGUACUUUAGUGGAAGGAUUCAAGCUUCUCUUCCAAGAUGCCAAAGAGGUGAGUCAGAUAAAAACCAAGAUGGCAAGUCAUGGAGUCACGUAUGAAGAUUUGUCCUACAGGGAACUGGAGAAAGUCAGACAGUUUCGCCGAGACCUGAUCAAGGCUAUCCCACUGGCGCUAAUAUCCAUCCCUCCCUUUGCCAACUACCUAGUUUUCGUCUUGAUGUACUUUUUCCCCCGCCAGCUCCUGAUUCCUCAUUUCUGGACCCCAAAGCAGCAGGCAGAGUAUCGACAAGUGUACCAUUCAUUAAGGGCCCAAUACCACUGGCCCAUACUCAAAGGGCUCCAGCAAGUGAGCAGGCAGGUGGAAGAUUCUCAGCUACAGAGUCGUCUUGACCACCUGUGCUCUAAGGUACAGACUGGAGCAAAUCCCAAAGUGUCUGAAAUUCUUGCUGUACGGAGCCUGUUUUCAGGGCCUCCUCUAGGUAUAAACAGGUUGAGUGUGGAUCAAAUGAGACAGAUCAGCUCGCUCUUUUUUUUGACGCCCCGCCUCCCGGGCUUCUUAAUUAACCGGCGCCUUCUAGUGCACGCCUUUGAGCUCACCUUGCUAGACAGAGCUCUUGGCAGGCUAGGUCCUCAUCAGCUAAGUGACUCAGAAGUGAGACAGGCUUGCUAUGUGAGGGGCCUCAAUUCUGAUUCUGUUAGUAUUAAACAGUGCCGUGAGUGGUUGUCCCAAUGGCUUCAGAUAUCCUCUUCACUAAAGGAAUCAGAGGUGUCGCUACUUUUGCACUGCCUUGUGUUUCUCUCCGCCAACUACCCCAAUGAUGGAAACCACCCCUAAACAGGAAGCCUGGAGCCCUCUUCUUUGGACCACAGCCAGCAGUUACUUCUUUUGACUAGCUAAUAUCUCCUUUUUGCAGAUGAGAAAAAUAUUUCAAUACUUGCUUCUCUUGGCAAGACUUCAGGUGUAUGCGAAAAAUUAAGCUUUUUUUGCCCCAAGGCAUGUUUGCUGUAAAAUGUAAACCACAUUGCUGAUGCCAGAGAUUUUUAUCUGAGCAUCUUUGCUUUACUUUAGGACAAAAACUUACACACAUUAUCUGUCUGUGUGUAUUGCAAGGCUGAUACUGUAGGUUCUAGGAGAAUAUGGAGUGUAGUUUACAUGUUUCAGACUGAAACUUAAGACUUAAAAGGACUGACAAGUAGUGGUUUUAAUGAUGUGGUGUCAUUAUUUCUCAGUAUAGCUAAAACAAGCUAGUUGUGUCUCAGCAAAGCUCCACAGAUGAGCAAGAUACAUUUGUGUAAAUGAUUUGCUUAUGGGGUGGUAUCAUUGUUCAGACACAUUCCAUUUGUAAAAAAGUGCAGAUCGCAGCUUUUAUGCUUACACAUUCACAAGUUGUCAUCUGCUGUAUUUUUCUCUCUCAAUGCAUGUACCUCAUUGUGUGCACUGCUUAUUUUACUUAUGUUCAACAUUUGGUUGUAGGAGGGUCUUGAAGAAAACUUGAAACAAAAAUGACCUGUAUCUGCAAAGACGUUCAAACUUUGUGUGCGUGCAUGUGUGGUGAAAAUGUAACUUGAAAUUGAUACUGUCUUCAGAAGCUUAUUUGGUCUGUGGCAGAGCUAUUAGAAUCCUACUGAGUGCACUUUACCUCAAAGUUUGCUGAAAGUUAAAAAUCACCUUUUACUCAUCUGGUCAGAUAACACCCUGAAGCACAAAAUGUCAAAGCUUUUUUUGGUCCAAUUUGUGCUGAUUGUACAAAGAGGAAGUUCAGAGUUUUGCACUAAAGGAAAUACCACUUCAUCCUGUGCCUUUUACAAGGACUAACACAUUACAUUUUAAAUGGGUUUCUGGCAUAAUGUAUAUUAUUUGCUCAUGUUCAGUGAUAUGUUGAUGUGCUAUGUAAUGAAUGUGCCCAAAUAAAAAUAAACCGAUUUACUCUUAAAGAAGACAAACCACAAAUAAUUUAAA